AGAGGAGUCGGCGGUGCGGGGGAGACGGCACGGCAGAUUCACGCGAAGGGGCGACCUCCUCGCGUACGGUUUUUCCCCUUGCGAGAUCCAUCUCCGGCUCCGGCGCCGGCGCGCGCGCGAGGCGUGGAGGUGGGGUGGGGGAGGGGGGAAUGGGUUGGGGCGCGGUGGUGUACGGUGGCGGCGUGGUGGGGGCGUCGCUGGUGGGGCUCGGCUGGGCGGGGCUGUGGUUCCUCAACCGGCGGCUGUACAAGGAGUACGAGGAGCGGCGGGCGCUGGUGCAGAUCCUCUUCGGCCUCGUCUUCGCCUUCUCCUGCAACCUCUUCCAGCUCGUCCUCUUCGAGAUCCUCCCCGUCCUCUCCAAGCACGCCCGCUUCCUCAACUGGCACCUCGACCUCUUCUGCCUCAUCCUCCUCCUCGUCUUCGUCCUCCCCUACUACCACUGCUACCUGCUGCUGCGCAACUCAGGGGUGCGGAGGGAGCGGGCUCUGCUCGUCGCGGCGCUGUUCCUGCUGGUCUUCCUCUAUGGCUUCUGGCGCAUGGGGAUUCAUUUCCCCAUGCCUUCUCCGGAAAAAGGGUUUUUCACGAUGCCCCAGUUGGUUAGUAGGAUUGGCGUGAUUGGAGUAAGUGUCAUGGCUGUUCUUUCUGGUUUUGGUGCCGUCAAUCUGCCUUACAGCUAUCUGUCACUGUUUAUCAGGGAAAUUGAUGAAAAGGACAUCAAAACAUUGGAAAGGCAGCUCAUGCAAUCCAUGGAGACAUGCAUCGCUAAGAAAAAGAAAAUUGUUCUGUCCAAAAUGGAGAUGGAGAGGAUUCAAGGAUCAGAAGAGAAGCUAAAAGCCAGAUCAUUUCUAAAGCGUAUCGUUGGGACAGUUGUUCGAUCUGUGCAAGAAGAUCAAACUGAGCAGGAUAUCAAAAGCUUGGAUGCAGAGGUCCAGGCACUAGAAGAACUUUCCAAACAACUAUUUCUUGAGAUAUAUGAACUCCGUCAAGCAAAGAUAGCUGCUGCGUUUUCUCGAACUUGGAGAGGCCAUGCUCAGAAUCUACUAGGAUAUGCUUUGUCAGUGUAUUGUGUUUAUAAGAUGCUCAAGUCCUUGCAGAGUGUUGUCUUUAAAGAGGCAGGUUCUGUUGAUCCAGUAACCAUGACAAUUACCAUCUUCUUGAGGCAUUUUGACAUUGGUAUUGAUGUCACUCUUUUAUCACAGUAUAUAUCUCUCAUAUUUAUCGGGAUGUUGGUUGUCAUAUCUGUUCGAGGUUUCUUGGCAAAUGUUAUGAAGUUCUUCUUUGCUGUUUCUAGAGUUGGGAGUGGUUCAACAACCAAUGUUGUCCUUUUUCUAUCUGAGAUCAUGGGAAUGUACUUCAUAUCAUCUAUUCUUCUCAUAAGGAAAAGCCUGGCAAAUGAGUAUAGGGUGAUCAUUACAGAUGUUUUGGGUGGUGAUAUCCAGUUUGACUUUUACCACCGCUGGUUUGAUGCUAUAUUUGUGGCUAGUGCAUUUCUGUCCUUGCUUCUGAUUUCUGCCCAAUACACCUCCCGGCAAACAGACAAGCACCCAAUUGAUUGAUGCUUUUGUACCAUUUGUGCAUAGUGUUCUUUUAACCACUUUGUCCAAGGUUGACCCAUUCAUUCUACCAGUUUCCAAAGGUUGUCGUUUCUCCAUGGACUUCCAUAUACAGUUACAGAACAUAAUACAUCAGUUAACUUGAAGGUGUCUCCUUGUUUUGGAGUAUGUUUCCUGACGUUGAAUCAUGGUGAAACAGUUUCUCCAUAUGCAAGUCAUUAGGAAUGCUUUGCAUCGUGAUGAUGCAGAACUGCAAAUGGGGCCGGUUGUAAUGUUGUGUCCACAUGAUAAUUGUUUUUUGAAGACAAGAGGAUGUCCUUUCUUAGGAAUGAAGUAUUGACUAUGUAAAAUAGCUUGAGAAUAGCGUUGCUAGCAUGAUAUGAAGUCGGUGUAUCUCCCACAAUUCUUUUUUGGCUAUUACUACUACAUGUGUAGUGUAACAUUUGCCCAACUUCAAAAGGUAGAUAUUAUUCAUGUGACAGCAAUCUCUUCGUUA